AUGUUUAUGCUUUUGACAUUGUUGUCACCGGCAGCCAUAACAGUUGCCACAGCUACAGCAAGUGGUAUUUCACAAGUGGUUGCAUCCGGAAACACUCCACCAAGACGAAUCUUUGGUCCUGGCUUGCAUACUGUUAGCUUUACUGGCUUGUUAUCACUCGUUCGAUCGACAAGUGGACGUGAAAGUUCUGCCGCUAAAGAAGCAAAGAAGAAAAACGUGACUAAUUUUGUUUUGAAAUGUCGCCGCAUAUUUCAAACUUUGUUGAAUUAUUCGAUCAACGAACUGUGCAAUAUGGCUGAUUCUUUGAUUGCUCCUGUGCGACUUGGAAUAAUCAAACCUACUUCAGUCAUUGCUCAGAAUAUUACCAGUGAUCCUCUUGAUGUGAUAGAAAAGUUUUUGAAUUCAAAAGUCGAUUUGUCAACAGUUAAUACGGCCGGAGAUGAUAUUGCUGUAGUUAAGUUCGGUCGAAAACGAAAGCGUAGUACACGAAGAGAAGGAGACCAUGGUGAUGAAGAGAUACGAGAAGCGGCGCAACCGCACAGUGCACCAGAAAGUGACAAUUCAAGCGAUUCAGAUAGUGAUGAGUCACGUCCUACACGAAGUCAAAGUUAUGUCGGUGAGGUGUACAAUGCACUUAGAAACGAAGCAUCAUCCGGUAACUAUGAUGGCGAUGAACUAUUCAGUAUGUCUGAGGAAGAUCCAGAGGAUGAUUCAGUAGAAUCAGUUAGUUCACCAGCUGAGCAAGAUGAUGAUCCAACUAGUCAAGGCAAUGAUCCUAACAUUGAUGAGGAAGAUGAGGAAAAUGACGAUGAUGGAAAUGGUGAUGAUGAGCAAGAAUUCGGAAAUGAGGAAGACGAAGGUAAUUACGAAGAAGGUGAUGAAAAUGAAAAUGAUCGUUAUGAACAAGAAGGAGAACAUGAGGGUAACGAAGAGGGAAAUGGUGAUGGUGAGGAUGAGGAAAUGCAGGUGCAGCCAAAUGAGGAAGAUGAUGUACCAGAAAGUGGUGAUGGUACUAGCGAUGGAACAUAUGGUGUAAGAUCACGACAUGUACGACCUAAUGAACGCAGAACGAACCAGUCAUCGCGGAACACACGAAGUACGAAUAAUCUAGCUGGUGAACAACAGCAGGAUACAGCAGCACCUACUGACUCCAACAGUGCGUCACAACAGCGUGUUCGAAAUAAUGAAGCUAACAAUGCGAAUCGUAGUGGUGAUGCCACUUCGGGAAGAGUAUCCGGCGUAACAAGUGGACGACAUAAUACAAUACCUCUGCAAUGGGCAAUGCGUCGUAUGGCCUCGAAUGUUGAGCGAUCGACCGCAGCACGACGUAGUGAUAACAGCGAAAAUCGAGAAUCAAAUGCAGGCUCUUUGACAAACUCAAAACAUUUGCGAGAAUCAUCAGAAGAUGCUGCCACUUCAGUAACUAAAACAAAUCAGCAACUUGCUUUAUCAUUUUCACUUAUUAUCAGGUUGAUUGUUGACUUACUGCCAGUGCUUGUGGAUCACCGCGAGUUUGUGAAAAGCUCAUACACUCUUAUACCAAAAAUGCUGGAGUUGAAUGACGCUGUUGUAAUUGCAGUUCGUCGAUUAAUAGAAGAGCGUUUGUAUGUUGUGUGGCAGUGGAUGGAAACAGUUAUGGAUCGAACUGAAGCUCAAUUGCGUUUUGGAAAUGCAUUGAUGGCAUCACCAACUAUUGCUGCUGUGCUUCGUAAAGAGAAGAAACUAUCCCUUAAAAAGGGUGACGAUCGUGACACUGAAAGGCAUAGUCCUCGACCUGGAUCAGGAAAUCAUUCCAGUACACCGGUUCCUAGACAAGAUUACACCCCUGGAUCUACUACUGCAAAUAGCAAAAAAGAUGAACAGAAUUCAGAUUCAACAGCAUCACUGGAAGACUUCUUUGACUAUGUAACAGCGCUAAUGCGUUCUCAUGCUUCUGAAAACGGUGAUGAUGUUCCGAUCAUCGAGUUUAAUGCAUUGAAAGCUCUAGCUUUUGUGGCUGAUGCAUAUUUAUCGUUAAUAGAUAUGUUGGAAAAGUUAGACGCUAGAAUUGCAUUGGGCUUAAGUUCAGUUGAAAGCGUCACGAGUGACAAAGAAGUUAUCGACAUGUUUCAAAAUGAUGAAGCUUCCGUUGCUGACGGUAGCAAAUCAAAUGUGCAAGCAGGUGCACCAAUAACCGAUUUUUUCCAGCGUUCCAAUUCACUUCUUUAUCCGGGUAUUGCAUCAUCAUCUAAUUACCAUGCAUUUGAACAUAAAUGUGUCGAUUCUUUGGUGCUAGCCGAACGUCCACAGCUUUUGAGACCAGAUAUUGAAAAAGAGGAAAUGUUUGGGUUACCGAUAAAGCAUAAAACUAUUUCUGAACACAGGAAAAAUGUUCGAGAACACGGUGCAAAGUAUCCAGCACAUCAAGGACUGGCUACUCCAUGGUCUAACUAUCAGGAACUGUUGCCUAUAAAUACAAGUGAAGAGAAAGAGAUUCCAAUAAGUGGACUUUCACGCCCCAAUGUAAUCGUUCAUUCGAAGAAUAUGUCUAAUGAACCAACAGUGCAAGGGAAACGUCGGCGAUUAUGUUCGUCAUCUGCUGUCCCACCACCUCGUGGUUUUGUUGCAAUACAAUUGGAAAGUUUGAAAAGCGCGUUACAUCGUAGUAAUCAAAGUCAUGUGCACAAAUCAUUGGCACGAUGGAAGAACACUUUAAAUUUGAUGGCAAAGGCAUUUAGCGAUCAACUUUUAAUCGCCUGUGGCGGUGAAGUUACGGGUUCAAUGCUUUUGAGUGAAAUGGCCGGUUUUUUGGUGCGUGAAGCACAGUUUCGCAAGAAGAUGGAAAAGUUUAAGGCAGCACAAAGCAAGGAUAUUGUUUUCGAGAUUGAACGAGACAAGCAUGAAAUGAUUGCACAGACAAUUCGUCAAUUGAACGUGCAUUAUUCGCGUCGUGUUAGCAGUUCGUCGUCGGUAAAUUCGACACAGAGCAACAGUACGGAUUCUCCUCGAGAGUUUGGUUCUGUAAGAUCGGUGAGACUGGUUAAUCUUUCAUGGGCUAGCGCAAGCAAUAAAGACGAUUCUGAUGCACCUCCUCUUGCAUGUCAUAAGGUAAAAGUUACUUUCAAAAAUGAGCCUGGAGAAGGAAGUGGUGUAGCAAGAAGUUUCUAUGCAGCUAUUGCUGAUGCAUUCUUGACAAUGAAACGUUUACCAACAGAAACACAAGUUUUAGCUGCUUUUGGCAGUUCACCUGGUGAUGUUCCACCAUCGUCGGGUAAUCGUGGAUCUGGUCGCGGAAGUUAUCGUGACCGAAGUGCAAUUCUUCUGAAUAGUUUGUCAGUGGCUGGAAGACGUCGAAGUUUGAGAAAUCGAUAUACUCUAUCUGUUUCUUCUCCUUCUUAUUAUUCACGACAUCAGCCGCACCUGAAUGAACCAUCAGGUGAUAGUGAGCCAGUCGCAGCAUCUAAUAUUGAUAAUUUGGCAACUCCUCAAGCUCCAGCAGCCUGGGAGCCAGAGCGAGAAACAUUAGGCGAAAGAUUGUUGGCAAGAGUUCGAGCAAUACGGCCGCAGUUAUGUAACAAAAUUACGGGCAUGUUGCUGGAUCUUCAGCCACACCAACUAAUAACGAUACUUGCCAGUGAAGAGCUUCUUCGUGCCCAAGUGGAAGAAGCAUCUGAAAUGGUUCAGGCAGCUGGUCUAGGAAAUAGUGAUGGAGGAGAUCGUGCUAAUGAAACAGCAUCCUCGAAUCGUGGACAACCAGCACAAGCAAAAAGUGUACCAAUAGUUCGUGCUUCUAGUACACCAAAUCUCAAUUCUGCCAAUGAUUCAGGGAUAGUUAACAUGGAUGAUGAUACGGCACCAUUGUUUUAUCGUCCAAGUAGGACUGGCUAUUAUACACCAAUUGCUGGUAAAAAUUCGACGCAUCGUUUAAAUGCUUUUCGAAAUGUUGGAAGAAUGAUUGGAAUUUGUUUGAUGCAAAUGGAAAUAUUCCCAUUACAUCUUUGCCGGCAUGUACUGAAAUUCAUACUUGGACGUCCGAUUAACUGGUUUGAUCUUGCAUUUUAUGAUCCUGUUUUGUUCGAAUCAAUGCGUACAUUGGUAUUUAACGAAGGCCCAACUCGACCUGAGCAAAUUAACAGUUUGUAUCUAACUUUCGAAGUCGCUGUACCUGAACAGGAGGGUGGAGGUACCAUGGAAUUGAAACCAGGUGGUGCAAAUAUUGCAGUAACUCAUGAAAAUGUUGUGGAAUACAUUUAUCUGUUUGUGGAAGCACGAAUGCUUGGAAAUCAUUUAAAAUGUCUUGAGGCUAUUAAGCAAGGUGUAUAUGAUGCAAUACCGCUUGGUUCGCUGGCAAAUAUGACUGCUGAGGAUUUGCGUCUAUUGCUUUGCGGAACACAAGAGAUCUCGAUGGCUUUGAUGCAAAGCUACACAACAUUCACAGAUGAAAGUUCAGCAUCACCAGAACUACUUCAAAAAUUCAAAGGAUGGUUUUGGUCAAUAUGUAACAAACUCAAUAAUCAAGAAAAGCAGGAUUUGAUCUUCUUCUGGACCGGUUCACCAACACUUCCGCCAAGCGAAGAUGGUUUCCAACCAAUGCCAACAGUGCUUGUGCGUCCUGCGGAUGAUCAUCUGCCUACUGCUAAUACCUGUAUUUCUCGAUUGUAUGUGCCACUGUAUCCGAGCAAAAAAGUGCUGAAGUCGAAGCUCUUAACAGCUAUCAAAAAUAAAAACUUUGGUUUUGUGUAA